CUGAGGCACCCAGACGCGGGAGGGAGCCUUAUGGGGAAGGCGGCCGCGCCGUUGUGUGGCGCCGUCCCCCGCGGGCUGCUCUCGCUGCUGGGCGCCGCCGCUUGCCUGUCGCGCAAGGCCAAGCCCCGCCUGGGCCCUCUCGCUUCGGCCAUGAGCCUGGGGCCUCCUCCUCCUCCGCCCUGCGAGGGCCCGGCCUCCGCCGCCGACACCUACAAGGGCUGGCUCUUCAAGUGGACCAACUACUUGAAGGGUUACCAGCGCCGCUGGUUCGUCCUCAGCAACGGGCUGCUCAGCUACUACAGGACCCAGGCGGAGAUGGCACACACCUGCCGGGGCACCAUCAACCUCUCCACGGCCCACAUUGACACAGAGGACGCCUGCAACAUCGUGCUGUCGAAUGGGGGCCGCACCUACCACCUAAAGGCCGCCUCGGAAGUGGAGCGCCAGCGCUGGGUGACCGCCUUGGAGCUGGCCAAGGCCAAGGCCAUCCGCAUGCGCCAUGACCAGUCAGAUGAUUCGGGCGAUGAGGAACCGGCCUCGCAGUCUGACAAGAGCGAGCUGCACGGCACGCUGAAGAACCUCUCCAAUAAGCUGGAGGACCUCAGCACUUGCAACGACCUGCUGGCCAAACACGGGGCGGCCCUCCAGCGCUCCCUGAGUGAGCUGGAAAACCUCAAGCUGCCGGCGGAGAGUGGGGAGAAGAUCAAGGCUGUCAAUGAGCGCGCCACCCUCUUCCGCAUCACCUCCAAUGCUAUGAUCAAUGCCUGUCGGGACUUCCUGGAGUUAGCCGACACCCACAGCCGGAAAUGGCAGCGGGUGCUCCAGCAUGAGCGCGAGCAGCGCAUCCGGCUGGAGGAGACCAUUGAGCAGCUGGCCAAACAGCACAACCACUUGGAGCGGGCCUGCCGGGGGGCCCCCUCCCACACCUCCAACACCAGCAGCCACGUCUCCAAAGGGGGGAGCGUGCAGAGUGUGAAAGGGGAAGCCAGCGACGAAGAUGAGGAGACGGAGUACUUUGAUGCCAUGGAGGAUGCCCAGGCUUUCAUCACAGUAGCUGCGGAUCCAUUGAAACACCGGCGCACAGGCAGCAACCUCAGCCGGUCCAGUGAAGGUCGUGCUGAUGACUGGAACCUGGAGGAUAGCGUGUUUGAGAGCUCCAGCCAAAGUACCCUCGACUCGAUGGGCAGAGAUGUGGCGCCCAAGAAGAAGCGGCGGACCCGCAUCCCAGACAAGCCCAACUAUAGCCUUAACCUCUGGAGCAUCAUGAAGAACUGCAUUGGCAAAGAGCUCUCCAAGAUCCCCAUGCCUGUCAACUUCAACGAGCCGCUUUCCAUGCUGCAGCGACUGACGGAGGACUUGGAGUACCACGAGCUGCUGGACAAAGCUGCCAAGUGCGAGAGUUCCGCGGAGCAGAUGUGCUUUGUGGCCGCCUUCUCCGUGUCUUCAUAUUCCACGACGGUCCACCGAACGGCCAAGCCCUUCAACCCACUCCUGGGGGAGACCUAUGAACUGGAUCGCCUGGAUGAGAUGGGCUUCCGGUCCCUCUGUGAGCAGGUGAGUCACCAUCCUCCAGCUGCUGCCCAUCAUGUCUAUUCCAAGCGCGGUUGGACGCUAUGGCAGGAAAUCACCAUUGCCAGCAAGUUCCGGGGCAAAUACCUCUCCAUCAUGCCACUGGGUGCCAUCCACUUGGAAUUCCACUCCAGUGGCAACCAUUACGUGUGGCGCAAGGUGACCUCGACAGUUCACAACAUCAUUGUGGGCAAACUCUGGAUUGACCAGUCCGGGGAUAUCGAAAUCAUCAACCACAAAUCAAAAGACAAAUGCCAGCUGAAAUUCACUCCUUACAGCUACUUCUCCAGAGAUGUCCCUCGAAAGGUGUCAGGCGUGGUGAGCGACGCAGAGGGCCAGGCGCUCUAUGUCAUGUCCGGCACCUGGGACGAGAAGAUGGAGUGCUCCAAGAUUGUCCACAGCAGCCACGGCAGCACCAGCUCGGAAGGCAAGCUGUCAAAAACCGUCUAUCAGACCCUAUCUCCCAAGGUCCUGUGGAAGAGAUACUCCCUUCCGGAGAACGCUGAAAACAUGUACUACUUCUCUGGCCUGGCCUUGACCCUCAACGAGCCAGAAGACGGGACGGCGCCUACUGACAGCCGCCUGCGUCCCGACCAGCGGCUGAUGGAGAAUGGCAAGUGGGACGAGGCCAAUGUGGAGAAGCAGCGGCUGGAGGAGAAGCAGCGGGCCGUGAGGCGGAGGCGAGAGGCAGAGGCAGCCGAGGCCCUGGAGGAAGGCAAAGACUACGAAGGCUACGUGCCACUGUGGUUUGAGCGCAAGGUGGACCCAGCCACGGGAGAGCUCAUCUGCCUGUACAAAGGGGGAUAUUGGGAGGCCAAGGAGCAACAGGACUGGCGCACCUGCCCUGACAUCUUCUGAGUCUUGCUGGGCCGGGAGAAGGCAUCCUCAGAAUCCCUCUGCGGGACGGAGGAGCUGGCAGCCAAAGCCCUCGGGGCCGUGGCCGUGGCCACACUCCUCUCCGAGACACAGCCAAGCUGAAAUCUACACAGAAUUUUUUAAAAAGGCAAAACCAUGCAGGGAUUCCCAACAUAUUUUUAUGCACUCACAAAAUGGGAUUUGAUUUUUUUUAAAGUGGCGUUUUUAAACCUACAAGUUAGGAUGAAGAAAUCAUUGAUCUUGUUCUUUCCCCCCCCUUUUUUUCCCAAACCUGGUUGCAUCAAGACUUGUGGCUUCCCACAACUCCCAGGCCUUGGUUUUCCAAAGAUGGACAUAUUUGUGGGGCAACAGCGUGUGUUGGAUUGUUCCCCCGCCUUUUCUCCCCCUGUUAUACAUAUAUAUUUUUUAAAGUCUAUAGAUCAGGAUUUUUUCCCCAAGGUGCCCCCUUUUCUGAAUGGCCUCUAAAUCCGAGGCGGAAACAGAAACCGCCUGGCGAUAAACCCAUUGGUACUCCUAACCAUUUAGAGACUGUGCCUUUGGAGGACACUGGGUUUGCACUUGUUGGAAGGGAACAGUCCGUGGGAAAGAGCUCUUUCUUUGGACUUGUGUUUGGAACCCGCUCAGAUGAGACGGUGCCACGUUUUGGGGAAUUGCGAUGGCCUUUUAAGCCGGGUUCAGUGUCCAGAUUGUGUCCCUUUGGGAAAGGACCUCUGAACUAGUAGCAUCUUGACAAAUGAACCUUGGCAUACCUCAAACCUUUCUUUGUAGAGAUCUCCAUGGAAGAGGAGUCAAGCCAGACAGAGGACUCUCUGUAAGCACUCCGUCACAAACCGGCUUCCUCCUUUGUCUAGUUGGGCCGGUCCCUUUCCACUGCCACUGCCCAGAUUCACCCAGGGCAUCCAAUCUGAGCUCCGGUGGGUACAGCAAGAUCCAGCUGUGAUACAGUAUGGCUGCUGCGGCUGCUGAUGGCCGACACGACCUGGAAACACCCCCUAGUGCCAUCUCUGUAGAAAGCACACAUACCCCAAGACACACAGAUGCACACGGCCUCAGUGUCAUCAUCGCCCAGGGAUGGGCAGAGACCAGGCAAACUGGGGAGGAGGUAUUCCAGAUGAGAUCAGGCAGGUGCAGGUAGCUGGGGGAAUCCGUGCCAGGCGUUAUGCCAAGGAGCUCUCCAUGGUACUGAAUGUGUUUAGGAGCAAUAGGGUUCGGCACCACUGAGAGCUCCUUUGCAACCCAGGCUGUACCCUGGCACACAUCCACUGCUGCACUGGCAUGGGAGGCACCUGCCUAUGCCAUUCCUUUUGGAUGGGAUGCCGGCAUGGCUGCAACCAAGGCUGCCAGCCUGAAUGCCACAUUGCACACCACUCUCUCAACCCCAGUCCUGUGGUUUUGGUGCCACCACCUUGCCAACACGAUGCUGUGGAGGCAUUGCUACCUGAUUACCAGCUGAUUUGGGUAUCUUACGCCUUUGGGAAAGGUGGGCAUCCAGGGCAUCCUGGCAUGGUCUUUUUCAGGCCCUUUGUGCCCUUGGAAACUCUAGAGCUGCCUAUCUCACACUGUCUUUUGGCUUGAGAGCACAUGGCGGCCCAACCGACGGCCAUCCGCCACCUUGCCCUGGGCUUGCAAAUGAGCAAUAAGGAAAUUCAGGGUUUUCCCUCAUGCCACCAUUCUGCCCACCACCAGGUCCAAUCCGGAGAUCACUGAGGAAUCCCCCACAGAUCCCCUCUUUCCCUAGCAGCGCCUCUUCCCACCCUUCCUGGCACCCCUUUCUGUACAAUGUGUUCUAUUUCUAUAGUAUAGACAUACAUACAUAUAUAUUUAUACACAUGCAGACGGAGUCUGUACAAAUAUCCACCAAACUCUGUGGUCCUUUCACUCCUCCAUUAUUUAUUUGCUUCUUAUUUAUUUAUAUAUAUUUGUGUAUAUAUAUAUAUGAGAUACAUAUAUAAGGAUAUAUAUAUAUACAAUUAUUUUUGUUGGGAUUUCUAUAGUGUGUAAAGAGGAGGUGAACACAAAAAGGUCAUGAAGACGAGUCUAGCUCUGUCUGAAUUUUUUUCCACAAAAUAAUAGUGUGAUUGUAGCAGCAUUUAUCCUGUUAUUUUUUACUUGAAAAGUUUACUUUUUCGGGAUGUCCUCUGCAGCGGAGGGCAUCCGGAAUGGAAUCCUGGAAUGAAUCAUGUCGAUGGAGGGUUUGAGCUGGUCUUAAAGGAUGGGUCUUUUCCUAGCAGCAGUUUGCCAAAGCCCACAAAAUCCCGCUGCUAUUUUAAAAGGAGUUGCAGAGUUUUAUACAUGUCUGAGUUUUCCGAAAAAUAGAGCAGAGCAGGGAGUGGACGGCGUCAAAGGAGAUCAAGGCCGAGAAGGGGGUUGAAUUUUAAAAUGUCAUUUGAAAAAGAUUUUGUAAAAAGUGAUGGGAAUGGAAAGAGCUGAACGGAGGGGGUCUGGGACGCAGAAAGGAUUGGCUGGUGGGGCCAUUGUAAAGGAGCCCGAAACAGGCUACGUUUUGCCCCUCUUUUGUCCUUUUAGACCCCUCUGCAUAUAAAACCAAAAUACAGAACCCACGUGACCCCGAAAGAUGCCAGGGUCCCUCUUUUGUUUUUGUCUUCUCUUUCGAGGCCAUAUAUCUCAAUAUAUGGAUUGGGAGACUCGACUCGAUCAGAUGCCUUAUUUUCUGUGCUUUACUUGAUGUCGUGGAGCAGGUUUUUCCUUCCUUUUCUUCAAGAAACAGAAGACCUGAGGUGGCAGUGCCCAUCUGGGGUAUGUCCCUGGGCAUAAGGCUCUGGAGAGGGGCAGGGAAUGGACCACCCUCACAGAACAUCCGAGAAUAUAGAAGCCUUCCAAUGAUGUUCUUGUAUUUGAAGGAGUACGAAGGGCCAGCAGAUGUAGGCAAAGGGUGAUGGAGUGUCAAUUGGUUGGCCCAUUGUCAUUGGAAUGCCACUCUGUCCUUUCCUUUCUUGCCCAAAAAGCUCCUUUUCACCCAAAGGUGGUAUUGGCAAGUGCCACGCUUCACUGGCUUCUUUCCUUCAUUCCUUCCCUUUUCUCUUCCAGAGGGUUUUCACGUCGUCCAACUUGUCAAUGCUGUGGAAUGUAAACUCCCCCUCCCCCUUGUGAGUGCUCCCUCUUGACUGGCACCCUUAAUAAAAUGUGAAUAAAAAUGUGGAUUCGGGUGUUUUCAA